AUGGCGCGCGUCGUAAUUGUCGGUGCAGGUCUCUACGGUCUCAUUGCGGCAAAGACAUACCUACAAGUCGUUGGAGCCUACGAGAGCGACACAGAGAAUGGCAAAGACUACAUCGCCGAGAUUCCCGCAUGCUUUACAGCAACAGAGGAAUCACCCGCGAAAGAUGCUACCGACCGUCUCCUUGUCAUUGAUUCCGCGUCGGAUAUUGGAGGCACAUGGGCAGAGGAGCGUCUAUACCCAAAUCUGCUAAGCCAGAAUUCAUAUGGACUAUAUGAAUUCAGUGAUCUUGCUCUUUUAGAUGUUGUUCCAGAACAGAAUAAUGGCGAUGGCACGAAAGAUCAGUUCAUUGCAGGGUGGAAGAUUAACCGAUAUCUCCGUGCGUUGACUUUAAACUACCCCGUCUCUAACGAAGCCCAGGUUGACGACAUCAGUCGUUUGGAGAACAAGCAGUGGAAGCUGAACAUCACCAAAAUCACACCCAACUCUACUCAGAGAUUCACUAUCUUCUGUGAUAAGUUGAUCCUUGCUACGGGCUUAACAUCGAUGCCAAAUCUACCGGACACGAAAGUAUCUUCAGAUAUAGACAGCCAAGCUCCAGUUAUCCACGCCAAGGAUGUUGGAAGCUGGGCUCGCGAACACCUGGGGUAUCAGCCAUUGGGAAACCCCCAGCCUUCACUUUCCAGCCUUCCAAGCAAAGAACCUACCUACGCAGAGCUGAAGUCCGUUUCAAUAUAUGGAGGUGCAAAAUCUUCUUUUGAUCUGGUGCAUUUCUUCGCUACCCUACACCGCAACGAUCAGAAACUGCGUCUAGCAUCCACGCAAAACAACCCGAUCCAGGUGCACUGGGUUAUUCGCGAUCGAGGCGCAGGUCCUUCGUGGAUGGUACCUCCGACAUCAACACUCCCAAAUGGCGACACAGUUGCAAGUGAUAAGGCAGCAAGUACUAGAUUGCUUAGCCACCUGACCCCCUGCUGGUACAAGAUCCCGAAGCGGUUCUCUUUCAAGGAGUUUCGGUGGGAAGGGGCAUGGCUGACACGACUUUUCCAUGGCAAUCCAUUGGGUCGAUGGUGGAUUCGGAUUUUCUGGAAGUCUGUUGAUAAUACUUUAGAAGAAACCGCGCAAUAUGGAUCAGAUCCGAAGAUGGAGAAGAUACGUCCAGAAAAUAGUGUUGUUUCUUGUGCCUGUGGCAUUGGCAUCGCAAAUCAAGGAGAUCUCUGGGAGGCAAUCAGAUUGCCGCAUGUGCAUGUUUAUCGAGCAGCGGUGUCCAGCAUUGGCGUUCCAGGCUCACAGGAAACCACAGACUCUGUCGUCAAGGCUGUGGUUCAAUUGUCAGAUGGGACUUCCAUUGAUGAUGUUGACCUAGUCGUUCACGCUACUGGCUAUAAGCCAAUAGUCCCGAUCCAAUUUUAUCCACCAAGCCUCCGACUGAAUCUUGGGUUGUCUGCCCUAGUAGAUUCGGAGCCUCAGGACUAUCGCGAAGAUCAAGCCUUAUCAACCUCGCCCGAGAUAAUACAUGGGUCUUUGGGUGCAAGCCUGAAAGAAAGCAUUGAGCAUUGGGAUGAAAUAGACCGUCACUCUGAAUUGAAGGUCAGGAACACUUUGAACGCGACGAAAUGCAUCCUUGCAGAUCGCCGUCCCCCGUCAUGGACUGCAUCUCACAAGCUACUACCCUACCGACUGUUCCGCCGGAUGGUGGCCCCAGAACUGGUUUCACAAGGCGACCGCUCCUUCGCGACGCUUGGUGUGCUCUUGUCGUCGACAAUUGCUGUUGUUGCUGAGGUCCAGGCCCUGUGGGUAGCGGCGUUUCUUACAGGGGCGUUGGACUCAUCUAGUGACACGGGGUCAGCAAACAGCCAAGCGCUGUGCUUUCCAACCCUUUCGGAUAAGUCAAUGGAAAAUUCCAUCUCUGAGGAUGUAGUAUUCGGUUCAUUGACGGGGAGUGGACUUGGAGUGGAUGCUAUUCUGUACAAUGACAUGCUCAUGCGUGACUUGGGUUUGAAUCCAUACCGACUCGGAGGAGGUGUUUACACCGAGCUCACUGGGGUGUAUAAGCCAUCGGCAUACGCUGGAAUCGUGCACGAGUGGAAGAAAAGUCGAGGUCUGACCGGUGGUUCUGCAUAG